GCGUGCAUAGACAACGCAACGGUAAACGUAAGUGGUUAGUUAAAUAAAAAGGAUUAAAUUUGUCUACGGAUUAAAUGAAAUAGUUCAAUAAUUAAAAUCAAUUAAAAUGAAGGGAAGAGAGCGUCGUUCUAAUGCGGGCAAUCGUAUGGCAAAACUUCUUGACGACGAGGAAGAAUGUCAGGAUGAGUUUUAUAAGGUUAACUACGGUGGUUUUGAAGAGACUGAGUCCGAUAAUGAAUACGAAGCUCAAGAAGAAGACGACGAUAUCGUUGAUUCAGAUUUUAGUAUAGACGAAAACGACGAACCUAUAACUGACGAUGAGGAAGAAACGACAAAAAAGAAAAGGAGAUUGGUCACUAAAGCAUACAAAGAGCCUACUAUUGCUCAGAGCAAACAGAGACCUAAAGUGAAAGAACUCAAAUUAAAAAGAAAUUUAAUUACAGUUGUCAAGAACGUUGACGGCCUCGAUUAUGGAGAACGUAAAUCAAUUAGAAAAUCAACUGCAGCAAAAUCAGCAGCUACAGCUCAGAGAAUUAGAAUAAGAAACUUGGAACAGAGAAGGAAAGUGAAAAGAAUGAAAGAAGAUAUCUGGAUUCCUACACAGGAAGAAUUGUUGGAAGAAGCAAAAGUAACUGAAAAGGAAAACUUGAGAUCAUUGGAGUGCUAUCAAAAAUUGGAAAAUGAAAAGAAAACAAAAAGGCCCGUUAUGAAGUCUUAUGCAGGGUCCACAAUACGUUACCACUCCCUAAGUAUGCCAAUAUUAGAACAAAUUGAUCAAAAAACUGAGAAAAUAAAUAAAUGUGAAAGAACAUUUGUUACAUUCCUCAAUGACCCCAAUUGUGUUGUUUACCAGAGGUUAAUGAAAAUUGGACCACAACCUAAAAAACCUACUGUAUUACAGUGUGCAAUAACGAAGUUACCUGCAAGAUAUGUUGAUCCAUUAACUUGUUUACCUUACCACAGUCAACAGUGCUUUAGAUUAAUAAGAGAGGCAUAUUAUCAGCAAUUGCAAAAGCAUGGAGACCGAACUAAUUCACAAGUGGAUAACUGGCUCAAAUGGUAUCAAAAAUUCAAAGAGAACCAGAAAAGACAACAGAAAUGAAGUAUCUCUUUGUAUUGAUUUAAAAUAAAAAACACUUUAUUAGAUGGAAAAAUUAAGAUAAGACAAAAACUACUGUACAUGCUAUCAGAAUAUUAAUAUAAAACAUGGCACAACAUAUAAAAUAGAAUAAUAAAUUUGUACAUAAAUCA